CUGACUGGCCCACAGCUCUGACCUUCCUGUCCUAGAUGAGGAUUUGUCUUUCUCUGCCACAAGAGCAUGGGAGGCAACCAGACAUGGAUCACAGAUGUCACCCUCCUGGGAUUCCAGGUUGGUCCAGCACUGGAGAUUCUCCUCUGUGGAUUUUUCUCUGUCUUGUACACACUCACCCUGCUGGGGAAUGGGCUCAUCUUUGGGAUUAUCUGCCUGGAAUCUAAGCUUCACACCCCCAUGUACUUCUUCCUCUCACAUCUUGCCAUUGUUGACAUGUCCUAUGCUUCCAACAACGUUCCCAAGAUGCUGAUGAAUCUUGUGAAUAAGAAAAGUGCCAUCUCCUUUGUGUCAUGCAUAAUGCAGACAUUCUUGUAUUUGGCUUUUGCUCACAUAGAGUGUCUGAUUUUGGUAGUGAUGUCCUAUGAUCGCUAUGUGGCCAUCUGCCGCCCCCUACAUUACAAUGUCCUCAUGAGCUGGAGAGUGUGCACUGUCUUGGCUAUGGCUUCCUGGGUGUUCAGCUUUUUCCUGGCUCUGGUCCAUGUGGUUCUAAUCCUGAGGCUGCCCUUCUGCGGGCCUCAUGAGAUCAACCACUUCUUCUGUGAAAUCCUGUCUGUUCUCAAGCUGGCCUGUGCUGACACUAGACUCAACCAGGUGGUCAUCUUUGCAGCCUGUAUUUUCAUCCUGGUGGGGCCGCUCUGCCUGGUGCUGGUCUCCUACUCACGCAUCCUGGCGGCCAUCCUGAGGAUCCAAUCUGGGGAGGGCCGCAGAAAGGCCUUCUCCACCUGCUCCUCCCACCUCUGCGUGGUGGGGCUCUUCUUUGGCAGCGCCAUCGUCAUGUACAUGGCCCCCAAAUCCCGUCAUCCUGAGGAGCAGCAGAAGGUUCUUUCCCUGUUUUAUAGUCUUUUCAACCCGAUGCUGAACCCCCUGAUCUACAGCCUGAGGAACAUGGAGGUCAAGGGAGCCCUGAGAAGGGCACUGACAAAAGACAGGCUUAUGUGAGACAUUUCAAAGGAACCAUGGGAAGGGAACAGUGCUCCCUGUAAAAUGUGGAACUUGGCUUUCUUUUUGUCUUCUGCUAGAAAAAAUGCCAGUUUAAAAUGGGAUACUAUAGACCUAUACAUAUAAAUUGAAGACAUAAGUCUUUUAGAAAAGUUUGGUGAAUGCCUUUAUAAUCCUAGCACAAAUUCAUAGAGAAGACACAAAAAGCCCUAGAUGUAAAAUUUUUAAGUUUGAUAAAUAUAGGCCCUCUUAACAUUAAUCACUGUGCACAUCAAAGUCACCAUUAAGAAAGAAGAUAUGCAAACUACAAACCAAGUGCUCCUGUGGAAACUACAUGUACCCAGAAAUGGAACUGUUUACACAGUAAAUAGAAAGAACUCCUUUAUAUCAACAAUCAAAAUAUGAACAACAAAUUUUCUAAAAUUAGCAAAACAUAUGAACAGAAAAUACAAGUGGCUGAUAAACAUACAAAAUGCUGCCUUCCACCAUUAGUAAGCAAGGAAAUGUAAAAUAAAACACCGUGAGACACUAUUAUAUACCCACUAAAAUGUCUAAAAUUUUAAUGGCUUAUUUAUCUUUGAGGUUAUUAGAAAUCUGCUUCUAAUAUUAGAAAUGGUCAGUAAUAGCAGAGUUUGUGCCAAUAGUAGCCAAGUCAGAUUGAGUUAAUAAAAGCGUAGUACACAUCCUCAAGAUCAAUAGUUAGUGACUCUUCCUGUAAAGAUACACAGGUUAAUGCUUAAGGCUUUCAGGGCCAUCUUCUAUGUCAUAACUGGCAAAAGCAGCCACAGACAACAUGUAAACAAAUGGGUGUGCCUGUGUUCCAAUAAAACUUUAUUUAUAAAAACAGGUGGCUGCUGGAAUGGUGCCCAGGGACAGUAGUUUGUGAACCCUUGUUCUAGAUCUUAAAGCUAGUCUAGUUCCAGCUGAUUCCACUUAAGGAUUCUCACUAGGUGGGGCCUCAGGGAGCAUGUGAGUAGACAUGCGUCAUGGUCAAAUCCCUGUCACCACUUUGUAGUUACUCUAGAGUGCGGCUUUUCCUCCUUGGACACUUUCUAAAAUAUGCCUUGACUCAAUAGCCAGUGGACUAUAAAUAUUCGUGGUUUCUCCAUCACACAGAAAUCAAGAGCAGCCUCCUCACACUCCAUCACUUAUUUGAGCCUAAGACCUUAGGAUAAACGUUUGCGACUCAAUAUUCUAAUUGGAGCACAGCAGUCCAAUGAAAACAAGCACAGAGAUACCUUGUACAGAUUAAUUUUUAAGAGUGGAGUUAACAAGAUCUUACAUUUUUAGUUGUUUUCUUUUACA